AUGCUUGUAUGGAGAAGUCAACAGGUAUGUUUGGUCUUUUCCCCACUACAUUUUUAUCGUUCUAAGCUUAUACAAUUCGCCACCAUUAUGUUGUUUAAUGUCGGCGUUUUUGAGAGUAAGCUCCAGACGUUUUGACAAUUGUCAAAGCGUCCUUAGUUCACUUUCUGAUUUUUGGAGGAAAGGGCUGCAAAUUAUGAGCACCGAAUAGGCAGUAGCAAAACUGGCAGCGAGGUGCUUUUGACCAUAUUUCAGGAACACUCAUAGGAGCCUGAGUCCCUUAAGCACUUUUUCGCAAAUGUAAUCUCGUAGACUGGCUGUUUGGUCAAGAAGAUUGUCAUUUUCAGCUGUGAACGAUGGGCUUGAAGUUUUUUUUAGCGAUUCAUCUUCUUAAUUUGGAAAGCCUUGGUCGAACAUAUAGGACAUAAUUUGUGUUUUGAGUACAUGCUCCUCUAGUAUUGUCUUUGGCAUGUGGUCGGUUACGGCUAAUUCUUUGUCUUCAUAUCACUGUCUUUUCGAUGCUAACAACCACAUCGCAUUGGUCUGUCAAGAACGCAAGAUCCAUGGGCUGGGUAGCAGUUAAAUACCUAUGCUUUCGCUGUGCCUUAGUUCAUGUACUUGGGGGACACCCUUUCCUGUUGUGGCAGACUCCAAGAGCUAUCCAUCAAAAACCGUUGCAAAUUUGACCCAUCAUGAAUGUUUAUUCUAACUGUCCUCCUAUCAGGCAAGAUCUGCAGAACGUCCGGCGCCGGAUCUUUUCCGCCUCAUUUUCUUGCUUGGUCAUUCUCUUGGACACGCUCACUUUUGUUCAGCGGUCCAACGCGAAAGGGGUUUGUCCCGUUUUUGUAAAAAAUAAUCGUAGUUCGCCAUUUUAGCUGCCUUCCAGUCUAUUAGAUCCCUCUUGAGUUCAUUCAAAGUUCGAACGGUUGGGAGCGGCUUUGUUUUUCCCGUCCGCAGUUACGCUGGUUAGUUUUGUCCAUGCAUUCAAGUAACUGGCAUUCAGCUUUUGUUUGUGGUGCCUCUUUUCAGUGAAUAUCAUGCAAGGUCUUAUUAUCGGGUCCAUGGUAAGUACUCGACGUCCAUCUCUUUCCACUUAAUUUCUGUUAAAUCUCGAAGCUUAACGCUUCUUCUGAUACCUUCAGAUUGGCUGCGCGAAUGUUAUUAGACUCUGGACUGGCGGUAGCUACGAGCCGUUGUUGUUGCGCCUUGUGUCGAGGAGCUAA